AUGGUCACUGUUGCAGUUUCCUAUGGUGAAUUCUAUGGAUAUUCACCUACUAAGGACUCAGCUAUUGGUGGCUUGCCUAAAACACUUGAUCUGCCGAACAAAACAGAAGAAAGACUAAAACUUCUGCAAGGGCCUUUAGGACAAGGUCCCACAAUAAUAUAUGUUCCUACAAGGAAAGAAACAUUAAGCAUAGCGAAGUUUCUAAGAAGGUUUGGUGUAAAGGCUUCUGCUUAUAAUGCAAAGUUGCCAAAAUCACAUCUGAGACAAGUACACAAGGAAUUUCAUGAUAACGACUUGGAGGGUAUGCGGCAUCAGAAUUCAAUUAAUCUUUUUGCCUCAGGGUGA